GAGAGAGAGAGAGAGAGAGAGAGAGAGAGAGAGAGAGAGAGCGGGGUAGAGAGUGGAAGCAAGAGAAGGAGGAUAGUUGUGUAGCAGUCCCUUUCAUGCAAAAGACUAAGAUUUAAUGACAGGGCUAAAAGUCCAAGGUUUCAAGGCUGGGGGAGGAGAAUGGAGGACGUCUAUCGUUUGGAGUGAAGAUUAGUAGACAGUUAGUAAGCAACAAGAACUUACAGAAAGAACUACAGAAACAUUGGACAAACCUUCUUUACUCAAGGCAAGGGACACAGCAAGGAGACCUAGAAGCAAAGACCACCAAAAGGAUUUCCAAACAGUGACUGUACAAUGGAGGAAGCACCCCAGAAUUAUGCAGAGGCCAUAAACAGGGCAGCCGGGGCACUCACUCGUUUUCCUUUGAUCGAGGUGCAAGGUGUACCUCUCAUGAACCUCAUCGCUGAGAAGUGGAGCUCCAUCUGGGCUUUCCAGCCAGAUCCAUCAGACCUGCUCAUCGCCACCUACCCCAAAGCAGGCACCACCUGGACCCAAGAGAUAGUGGACUUGCUAUUGCACAAUGGAGAUGCAAAAGCUUGUAUGAGAGCUCCUACUGUUCAGCGCAUCCCAUUCUUGGAGAUCCAAGCUCCUCCGCCUAUUCCAUCAGGCCUUGAACUUCUCGGUUCCAUGAAACCUCCCAGGGUCAUCAAGACACACCUGCCCAUCCAGCUUGUGCCUGAUGGAUUCUGGAAAAAUAAAUGCAAGGUCAUUUAUGUGGCUCGAAACGCCAAAGACAACCUGGUCAGCUACUACCACUUUGACCGCAUGAACCUGACUCAGCCAGAACCAGGUCCCUGGGAUGAGUACAUCCAUAAGUUCAUGAGGGGAAAAUUGAGCUGGGGCUCUUGGUAUGACCAUGUGAAAGGUUACUGGCAGGAAAGAGAGAAGAGGAAUAUCCUUUACCUUUUCUUUGAGGACUUGAAGGAGGACCCUCGUCGGGAGGUAGAGCGGAUCAUGCGCUACAUGGACUUGUCGGUAAGUGAUGAUGUCAUUGACAAAAUUGUGCAGCUGACGUCUUUCAAAGUCAUGAAGGACAAUCCGAUGGCCAACUACACGUUCCUUCCAAAGGCAGUGUUUGACCACUCCAUCUCUGCGUUCAUGAGAAAAGGGGAGGUUGGAGACUGGACGAACCAUUUCACUCCAGCUCAAUCCCAAAUGUUUGAUGAGGACUAUGCCAGACAAAUGGCAGACGUGGACAUUCCCUUUCGCACCAGCAUAUAAGGAUUUACUACCAUCAAGAACCUGUUGAAGCAGCACCUCAGCAAGCACUGGAGCAUAUCUGGAACUGUGAUCCAAGCAAUCAUGGACACACUGAGGAUACACACAAUAGAUAUUUGAUUGAUCUUUAAAACCAACCAGUGAUUGCUGGGUGGAGGUUAAGUUGUUCUUUUAUAUCAAUAACAAAAUGUAUCUACAAGCCAAUAAGCUAAUAUUAGCUUUUAGACCCACCACCCACUUUAUUAGAAACCUUUAACAUGUAGCUCCACCUUGCUGGUGCACAGUUAGGGCGUUUUUCCACUUCAUAUUCAAAAACAAGACCCAAAAGAGAACCUAUGUAACUUAUGGUUUCAAUUGUCCCCUGUAAUGAUAACCACAAGUAACCACCUAAAGUCUUUUAGGUCAUUUUAUGCAACUCUAAAGCUUCCUCAGUGGCUAAUUAGCUACUUUACUUGCUUGUUAGCUUAGCUUAUGGGUGAGUAUGCAGUUACACCAUGCCAAGUGCAAGUUUCCCAACUAGCUUAUGUUGGCUUAGAUCAGUGGUUCCCACUUCUGGUCCUGGAGGACCCCCUGCCGUGCACUUUUUAGUGUUUGCCCUGCUUCCAACACACCUGAUCCAACUAAUCAGUUAAUCAGCAAGCCUUUCCUGAAUUGAAAUGGGUGUGGAAGGAGAACUCACUUGAGUACCAUUAGGUCCUGUUGACAGCUGUCUCGAGCUGGUACCAAAAAACAUUAAACUGGAACCCUUGGUAGUUGACCAGUGGACAGUGGAGAAAGCAAAGCUCCACUUUUCUGGUGCCAAAGGUUCUGGUCCUGUGUACUAUGUGGAAACAUGCCCUUAGAGACUUUAGCCAAGGGGUGCCCAAUCCUGGCCCUGGAAAUCUGCCACCCGAGUCAGGUGUAUCUGAUCCAACACACCUGGCUCUAAUAUUUAGAUUCCCCUGAAGGCCGUCAUUACCUGGAUCAGGUGUCCUAAAAUCUGCAGAGUGGUAGAACACCAGGACCAGGAUUGAGCACCUCUGCUGUAGCCCAUCUGCUAAUGCACAAUUUGUGUUAUCCAUCCAACUCUAGCCCUUCAUCACAUGUCAAUUUCUGACCUCAGAGCUUUAACACACCUGGUGAUUAACUGAUUAAUUGAAUCAGGUGUUUUUUGGCAAAGAAAUCCCUCAACUGUGCUGGUGUCUGGCCAUCUAGAUCUGAUGACCUCUGGGGUAGAAGGAGUAGAUGGGUGUGAUGCAGUGAGGUGAAAGAUCUACGGUAUGUUCUUCUUCUUCUUUCGGCUGCCCUUUAGGGGUCACCACAGCGGAUCAUCUGCCUCCAUCUUGCCCUAUCUACUGUCUCCUCUACUUUUACACCAACCAUCUCCAUGUCCACCUUCACUACAU